UGUUACAACAGUGGAUGUUUUGAACUAGUUCAGAAGUUUCUUCUGUUUUGGCGGUUUGAGUUGUGGAGUUUAUUAGAAACGCUUCUGAUCAGCGCAUUCUGCCCUUAGAAUCCAUCGCUGGAGCCAGUUUUGUUUGCUGGCAAAGUUUCCGGUGGCUUAGGUGCCAAUUGUCGUUAAUGCAUGUCGGUUCUCUGAGUUUUUGGGAGGUUUUAGAAGAUGGGAUUUGUGAGCAGUUUAUUGGGAAUUCUUGGUUUUGGAAUUGGAAUUCCUCUUGGACUCUUGGUGGGGUUUUUCCUUUUUGUUUAUUCAAAUCCCAAAGAAGUUGAGGAUCCAGUUUGCAGGCCACUUCAUGAUUUAGAUGAAUUGGCCUUGCAAGAUCUUCUUCCUGAAAUUCCACUGUGGGUGAAGAACCCUAAUUAUCAUAGAGUAGACUGGUUGAAUAAAUUUAUUGCAGAUUUAUGGCCUUACCUUGAGAAGGAAAUUGCGGGAACAAUAAGAAGCGUGGCUCAACCUAUAUUUGAUGAGUACAUUGGAAAGUUUCAGAUUGAAUCAAUUGAGUUUGAGAGAAUAGAUAUGGGAACUCUUCCUCCUAUUCUUAACGGUUUAGAGGUCUUUGAGACGAACGAGAAGGAAUUAGUCAUGGAACCAUCAAUAAAAUGGGCUGGAAACCCCAACAUAAUUUUGGUGUUAAAAGUUCUGUCUUUACGAAUUACAAUGCAGUUAGUAGAUUUACAAGUAUAUUUAGCGCCAAGGAUAGCUUUCAAACCGCUUGUGCCUUCCUUUCCAUGUUUUGCAAACAUUGUGGUGUCUUUGAUGGAGAAGCCUCAUCUAGAUUUUGGAAUGAAUAUAUUGGGAGCCGAUAUCAUGUCUAUACCCGGCCUCUAUCGUUUUGUUCAGGAGACUAUUAAAAAGCAAGUUGCAAGCCUCUACCUCUGGCCUCGGACGCUUGAAAUACCUAUCCUUGACGUUUCAACAGCGGCUGUAAAGAAGCCGGUGGGAAUACUGCGCGUGAAUGUUGUUCAUGCGGUUAAACUCUUGAAGAAGGAUAUCUUAGGAUCAUCCGAUCCUUAUGUCAAGCUCAGCCUGACUGGAGAUGGGCUACCAGCAAAGAAAACAACUGUCAAGAAGAAAAACCUGAACCCUGAGUGGAACGAGAAGUUCAAGCUUCUUGUGAAGGAUCCAAAGACCCAACUUCUUCGGUUACAAGUCUUUGACUGGGACAAGGUUGGUGGGCAUGAUAGGAUAGGAAUGCAGGUAGUUCCUCUCAAACAACUUACACCCCAUGAGACGAAAGAAUUUACACUUGAUUUGCUCAAGGACACGAAUAUUAGCAAUAGUUCACACAAGAAGCAAAGAGGGCAGCUUGUGGUGGAGCUAACUUUUGUGCCUUUCAAAGAAGACAAAAGCAGAUCUAGUGGACCUAUUGAUGCAGCACAUAGGAGAAAUGAAAGCGGAAUUGAUAUGUCAAUGUCAUCACAUGGGGGAAGCCUAGUCGGGGCAGGUUUACUAUCAGUUAUUAUUCAAGGAGCCGAAAAUGUGGAAGGGAAGUGCCACAACAAUCCUUAUGCCAUCCUCCUAUUUAGAGGAGAACAGAAGAAAACACAUAUGCUUCGAAAAACUCGUGAUCCACGUUGGAACGAGGAAUUCCCUUUCAUGCUAGAUGAGCCACUGAAUGAGAAACUUCAUAUUGAGGUUGUGAGCAAGAGGACCGGCAUUAGUUUCCGAAUGAAGGAAUCGUUGGGACAUGUAGAAAUCAAUCUAAGAGACGUUGUGCACAACGGGAUCAACCACAAAUACCACUUAAUCAAUUCAAAAAAUGGAGUGAUACAUGUUGAAAUUAGCUGGAAGAUGAUUUGAGGAAUGGAAAAUUCAACGCUACAGUAAUCUUGAGUGAAAGCGCAAGUCGAACUCUUCGAUCAUCUAUGACUUGCUACUUUGCAGGAUGGACCAUUGGAAAUUUCAUGGGUGAGGUAAAAGUUCAAGUCCUGCACAAUAAUAGGGAGUCUAAACUUUUAUGGUGAUUUAUCCUACGAACUCCUUAUCUUUGAAUGCAAAGCUCAGAAAUAGAGAGGGUAAGGUGGAUUUGCUUGCUCGUACUAAGCGGAGUGUAUUCAAUUGAGAUUUUAAAAUAAUUA